UACAGCUUUGUGCACAUUUUUCGGCCUCCACCAUCAGUCAAAUUAGUGCAGGGAGGCCGUGCACACUUUCCCCUUCUCUUGCUGUCGCUGUUUGACAAAUCUCUAAACAUGACUCAUCAGUUCCCGUCCCUCUCUCCGGAGCAGAAGAAGGAGCUCUCUGACAUUGCUCAGAGGAUGGUGGCUCCAGGGAAGGGCAUCCUGGCUGCAGAUGAAUCAACAGGAACCAUGGGAAAGCGUUUCGAGAAGAUCAAGGUGGAGAACAACGAGGAGAAUCGUCGUUCCUUCCGCGAGCUUCUCUUCUCCACUGACCCCUCAAUCUCCAACUGUGUAGGUGGGAUCAUCUUGUUCCACGAGACACUCUACCAGAAAUCAGACAGCGGCAAGCUCUUCCCCCAGGUCAUCAAGGAUAAGGGCAUUGUUGUUGGCAUCAAGGUUGACAAAGGCACAGCCGGUCUUAAUGGAACAGAUGGAGAGACCACCACACAAGGUCUGGACGGCCUCUCAGAACGCUGUGCCCAGUAUAAGAAGGACGGGUGUGACUUUGCCAAAUGGAGGUGUGUGCUGAAGAUCUCAGAUAGCUGCCCAACCUCUCUGGCCAUCGCUGAGAACGCCAACGUCCUUGCCAGAUAUGCCAGUAUCUGCCAACAGAAUGGCCUGGUGCCUAUUGUGGAGCCAGAGGUUCUGCCUGACGGAAACCAUGACCUGCUGCGCUGCCAGUACGUCACAGAAAAGGUUCUGGCUGCUGUGUACAAGGCUCUGUCUGAUCACCAUGUGUACCUGGAGGGCACUUUGCUGAAGCCCAACAUGGUCACUGCUGGACAGUCCUGUGCAAAGAAGUUCACCCCUCAGGAGGUUGCCAUGGCCACAGUGACGGCUCUGAGACGCACUGUUCCUGCUUCUGUGCCUGGUAUCUGCUUCCUGUCUGGAGGCCAGAGUGAGGAGGACGCCUCCCUCAACCUGAGCGCCAUUAACCAGGUGCCCCUCAAUCGUCCCUGGAAGCUGACCUUCUCUUACGGCCGUGCGCUCCAGGCCUCUACUCUUGCAGCCUGGCAGGGCAAAGCUGCCAACAAAGCUGCUGCACAGGAAGCUUUAUGCUGCCGGGCAAAGAUCAAUGGCCUGGCUGCCAAAGGAGAGUACAAGGCCUCUGGCUCAGCUGACCAGGCCUCCAAGCAGUCCCUUUUCACAGCCAGCUAUGUUUAUUAAAAACUGAACGUAAAAAAAAAAAAUUGCUCAUGGACCAAAUGACGCCUCUGCUAGACUUCUCUACCAACACCAGGGGAAGACCUCCAUUAUAAUGUUGAACUACUUUUGUUUACUCAAUGAAAUGCAUGAAAAUAAAUGAAAUGACCAAAA